UCCUCUUGUGACUUCUUACAUUUCUUUCGGGGUUGUUCGCGCGUGGCUGAUCGCUUCCCAAAAGGUGCUGCGGCAUCGCCUAAGGCGGACGCGGCUCCCGUGGGAUGACUUUGUGGAGCCUUUUCCGUUCCAAGGACUCCAAGGAGAGCUUCAACAGCUUGAAACCUCCAAGUCCUGUGCAAGUGGCACAGUUAGCGAAGCCUUUGAGCCUUGCAGGCAAACCCCUCCAGGCGCCGGAGUUCGUGGAGACAGGAUGGCGGCCGGGGCAGACCUUCACCGCGGACCAGGACCCUGACCGAAUUCGGCUGCUUUGGGAAGCGCCUAGCUUCGUGCAGAAGGAUCCAGUGCAGCAGCGGCAGAAGACCCGGGUGGAGGACCUCAUCUCGGACACUCCCGAGACCUUUGCCCGGGUGGUUCACGGCGUGGUCGACGAGGAGGACUGCGCGGAACUCAUUCGGUGCAUCAACGUGAAAGGCUUCACGCCGGCCCUGCUGAACAUCGGUAGAGGUCGACAGCGCUUGGAGAUGGGCGUGCGCAAUGGUCACCGGUGCAUCGUCGACAGCCAGGAGUUGAGCUCGUGGCUGUUGGAAGUGCUACGGCCCUAUCUUCCCGAGACAUUACAAGGUGGCCCGCUCGUGGACUUCAACGAGCGAUGUCGAGUGCUUUGUUACACUCCUGGGCAGGAGUUCUCGGCGCAUUAUGAUGCAUGCUUCGAACGGAAGAGAGGUGAAGGCCGUGUCAAGGGCGUUGACUGCUCCUUAGUCACGGCUCAGCUCUAUCUUCACGAUGUACCUGCCGCGAAUGGUGGCGGGACGGCCUUUCUCACAGAAGAUGGGAAGAAGGUGACCUCCUGUCAGCCGGGGGCUGGAUCAGUGUUGCUCUUCACUCAGAACCUUCUGCAUGAAGGAUCGCUGGUGACCGCAGGCAUCAAGUACACCUUACGAACUGAAGCCAUGUACAGGUUGAGCUGGUUCAAUUAGGUGCGAGAGUUUUCAGGUGCCAGAGCCAGCUCGGGCUGGCCAAUUCCCAUUUCCUGGCACGAUCCACCCAUCGCCCUCAAGGAUGUUCUGGCUGACUGGUGACUGGUGGUCGGUUUGUGUGCCGCAUCAAGUCCCAGAGAAAGAGACUCAGAUGUGGUGGAACUCGC